AUGAUGAUGGAAAUCGACAUUGUCAAAGCAUCAGCCAACAAACCCAUUCCUUCGUACUAUGAUGAUACCGACACUUCUGAAGCAGAUACAGCUCUGAAUACGCCAACAGGUAGUUUGACAGAUGCAUUUGUCAAGCGAUUUUCAUCCACUUCAUCAUCCUGCUCGUCUUACAAUACAACAGUACGAAAGCCGUCUAUUACACCCAGCAAUAGCAAACCAGCAUCCCCUGAAUUACUACAUAAAAUUCAAGCUUUGGAGAUGGAAGUCAGCCAACUUGUUGAAAAUGAAAUCAACCUCAAGAGCCAGUUACUCAUGUUGAAGCAGCAACAGCAGAAACAAGGCAAGCAAUCAGCACUUGAUCGUAUCCACAAGCACAUAGAACGGUUUAUGACAAGCAAUCGACAGCAAAACAGCGAAAAAAACGUCAGCGAUUUAUCAGGCAACGAGUUACCCGCAUUGUUUGAUGAAAGUGAUCCCAAUGUGGAUCAAGUUGAGCAUAAUGCUACCUGUGUGGGUGACACAACACACUAUUCAGCAAUUGAUGUACCCAGUUUCCUGGUAUUUCGACUGAAAGCCAUGAUCGAUCAUUUUAUGAACAAUAAGGAGGGCGCACAAAACUAUGGCCAAGGAGAAGCAUCUUUCUGUACCGAGCUUUUAUCAACACUGGAUACAUGGCAGUCUUAUCAAUUUUCAGCUAUUUUUAACCAACAGCUUGAGCAGAAGAAAGAGCAGGACAGGAUUACACGGUUAUUAGAAGCUCUACACAAAAGUCUAUUAAGGAACAAGUUAAUGCAAAAAGACAUGAAUCUGUUGGCAAAGCAGUAUAAAUCUAGCCUGAAAGGCAUACUCAAAGACUACGAGCAACAGCAUCACUACCAGAAACCAACAGCAAAGAAGAGGAGGACAUCAACGGUAGCAACGGCUGUGUCGCAUGAUCACUGCGAAAAGACACGACUUUUGCUAGAGUGUCAAAUCCAAAAUCUUGAAAUGGCAUUGUGCACCUGUCAAGACGAGCGCGAUGAAUAUGAAACAACAUUGGAAAUGGUGAGACGUGAAAUGGAGACCAUGCUGGAGGAAUUGGAGGACACAAGACAGCAGCGUCUUCGAUACAAGACCCAGGCAAGUCGAUUAAGAGCUGGGUUGGAGGCUCUACAAAAGAAAAAGAAAACAUCUGCCAAUCAUGACGACAAUGAAGAAGGAGAGGAGGAGGAGGAGGAGGAGGAGGAGGAGGAAGAAGAUGAAGCCACCGAGGCCAUUCGACUCAUGUACAAUGAAGCAGAGCGACAAGCAGUUGAUUUGGAUCGAGAAUGCAAGCGGCAAGCAUUGACACUGGACAGCAUUCGGAAAGAGCUGAAAUUGACCGAAGAGAAAUAUCAAGCCAUGAAAACAGAAAAGAGUAAACAAACCAAGAAGGUAGAACAAUCCAAUCGCAAUUUAACAAGAAGGAUUGAAAUGUUGGAACUACAAUUGGCAACAAACUCAAAGUCUGAUAUUUCAAUUUCAACGACAAAUAACAACACUGAGCAACGAGACGACAACGUAGACCUUGAACACGACCAUGAGGAGGAUCUGCUAUUGUAUCACGCCAAGAUUCAUGCAUUGCAGAUCGCUCUAAAAGCAGCCAAAUCCGACGCCAUUGUCCAACGUACGCGCAUAUACCAAUUAGAGCGUCAAUCCAUACUGGAUCCAGCGCAAUAUGUGGUUCGAAUGCAAGACAUGUUUAAAAAGGAACUUGUAGUAUCGACAGCAGAGCCUAGCAUGGAUGUUCAUCAACGGCUGGCAGACCGCAUUGAGUUCGAGCAGCGAGAAUGGAAGCAGCGCCAAUGGAUACAAUUCCAGAAAAAGUUCGACACGGAUCUAUUACGAGUGAAUCGAGAAAUUUUGACACUGUCCAGCCAAUUGACGGAGAUGGAGAUGGAAGCAGAGAUUACACAAUCGCGACAUAAAGAAGCCAUGGCACUUAUGCAACAUCACAUCAGCAUGGGCUUUGAGCACAAAUUGCAGAAAUUAAUGGCAUUCCAACAUAAAAAGGAACGGGAAUUGCAGGAUCAGCUGGAGGUGCUUUAUCAAAAGAACCAAACACUGCAAGAUGAGUCCAUGAUUCUAUACGGACGUAAUAUGAUGAUGGCACACAAGUUAGGAAAAAUUGCAUGA